UGUGGAGAGGUGCUUAAGGAAGGUCUGUUCAUCAUACUCUCACUCUCAACUAAUCCAGAGACACAGUGUAGGUACUGACAGACUGAGUGAGCUCUGCCGCCAUGGAGGGUAAUCACAGUGGCUGGGCUGGAAGCACACAGCCGUCUGUGUCAGGAGAGCAGACAGAGGGACACAUUUAUGAGGUCGCGGUUCAGAGCAACUCCACCAAUCGCAGCUCCCAGUUCGCAGAUGUGGCCCUGCUGCAAAAAUUCAAGCCUCUCAUCAUCCCCUGUUACGCACUCGUGGUGGUGGUGGGUGUUUUUGGGAAUUACUUACUCCUCUAUGUCAUCUGCCGGACCCGCAAGAUGCACAAUGUCACCAACUUCUUUAUCGGAAACCUGGCCUUCUCUGACAUGCUCAUGUGUGUGACUUGCGUCCCUUUUACUCUCGCCUACGCCUUCAAUCCACAUGGUUGGGUUUUUGGCCGCUCAAUGUGCUAUCUGGUGUUCCUCAUCCAGCCUGUCACAGUCUACGUUUCAGUCUUCACACUCACUGCUAUUGCUGUUGACAGAUAUUAUGCAACAGUUCAUCCCUUGAAGAAGCGUACCUCUGUAGCUACUUGUGCUUCUGUCCUCUCUGGCAUCUGGUUGCUGUCCUGUGGGCUGGUUGCUCCGGCAGUGACUCACACCUAUCACGUAGAAUUCAAAGAGGAAGGCUUCACCAUCUGUGAGGAGUUCUGGUUGGGACAAGAGAAAGAGAGACGUGCUUAUGCGUACAGCACUCUGCUGGUCACAUACGUCCUGCCCCUGUCAGCUGUCUUUGUCUCUUAUCUUUGCAUCACCGUCAAACUGAGGAAAUGUGUUGCACCAGGCCAUAGGACACAGGACCAGGCAGGUGCUCAACAAGCUCGUAAGAGAAAGAUCUUUCGUUUGGUUGCACUUUUGGUGUCUGCCUUUGCAGUGUGCUGGCUUCCUAUUCACGUGUUCAAUGUGCUGCGAGACAUAGACAUUCAUCUCAUUAAUAAGCGCUACUUUUUACUCAUACAACUGCUAUGCCACCUGUGUGCCAUGAGCUCAUCUUGUUGUAACCCCUUCCUCUAUGCAUGGCUACAUGAUCGCUUCCGAGCUGAGUUACGGAAGAUGUUCAAGUGCAAUCAUCGCAUUGGAGUGCCCGCCAAUCACUGUGCUGCCAGUGUGGUCUUGUAAUCACCUACUGAAGAACAUUCUCUGUUGUUAUUUAAGUGUAAGUUAGUGUAAGUAGGUGAUUUAAAACUUUGUUAGUGGCACCAAAUAAAUGGGAGUACAUUCUGUGACCACUAGUGAUAUCCACACAAACUUUUCUUGGCAAUCCAGUCACUAUCAUGUUGCAUACAAAGAUAAGGAGGAUCAACUGGUUGACACCAUCAGUAUAGCGUCCAUCCUCCAUUGUCCACGAAU